GCGCGCUGAACCAUCCGCAGUAAAGGGCCAGGCGGGGUCGCGGGUGGGCGCUGGCUCUGCGGGAUUUCUUUUCCACGAAAGAGGUCUGUUGGAGUUCUUCACUGAUAACUUCUGCUCCAUUUGGCUGUAUGGAAAAUGGCAUCAAAUCUGAACCAGGAUGCUAAUGAAUUAUUAGAUUGGAAUAUGACUUCCAGUCAGGUCAAUCAAGAUUGUUUGCCUACUUCAUCAGAUCACACAGAGUCCAUCAUUCCACUGACAUCCCCUACGUCAAUUGAAUUAUUAGACUUACUUAUCACAGGAAGUCAGCAAGAAGAAGCAGAAUGGGAAAGCGUAAAUGCACUAUUAACAAAGAAUGGCUUAAAACCAGUGUUUCUUGUUAAAAGGACGCGUGGAAAAAAUCUAGGCGAUCUAAUCAUUUUUGACAAACAGUCAUCACAAAGUAUUAGACAGACUUUAAAAAGGUUGGUGGAUGACAGUACAAGGAAUCAGAAUAUGAUUCAUCAGCUCAUUGAAGCAAAUCAGCAGCUUAGAGAUGAACUGCAGCAAGAACAAAUCCGAGCUUUGCAAGAAGAAAAACGAGCUAAUGACUUGGAACAAGUCAUGGAGAGUGUAAAAUCCAAAAUCAUUGAGCUUGAAGAAGAAUCUGUAGUCAUGGUUUCCCAGCAACAGAAUCAAGUGAAAGAAUUUCAAAAAGAUCAAAAAGCUGAACAGGCAAAAUACCAUCAGUGUGAACAAAAAUGGAUGGAGCAACAAAAAACUCUUUCUUGUUUGCAAAAGGAAAUUCACAAAUUACGGAAAGAAGAAGAACUUCGUGCUGCCACUCAGAAAAGAGUUUUUAACCGACUUUGCAAACAAGCAACGCAGACUGUCGUGGAUAAACAGUUGCUUAUCCUGAUUGAUUAUUAUGAAUCCAAAAUUAGGAAAAUUCAAAAGGAACUAAGGCACUGUAAAGAAGAUACAGAUAUGGAAGAAGGAGGAAAAGAGGACUUUGUAGAUCUGGAUGGUACACCACAUUAUAAAAACCUCCUCAUGUCAUUCCAGAAUCAACUUAGAGACGUCAAAGCCAAGAACGAUAAACUUUCAUGUGAAAAUCAGAAUCUCCGCAAAGAUUUAGAAAGCAGGCCCUCAUUGCAUGAUUUAAGACUUUAUAAACAACAGGUGAAGAAACUGGAGAAGGCACUUAAGAAGAACAUAAAAUUACAGGAACUCAUCAGAGAAGAUAAAUCUGAGAACUUAGACAACAAAUAUUCUGAGAUCAGCAAAAUAGAAAGCCAGCGCCAGGCCCUGUUUGACCAGAAAUACUUCAAGAUCUUAACCAGGAUCGACUCAAUUAUAAGUAAUCCAAGAGCUCCAGUAGUAAUAUACAAACAGAGCAAGGGGCCCUUCCAGAGUUAUAAUAAAGCUAACAGUCAGGAAUGUGGAUUUGAGCAUCUUCCUCCCACAAUAGAAAUGUGGGCACGCCAGCUAACAUCUCUAAAGGACUUACAUAGAUCCCUGGAAAAACUGUCAGAGAAGUUGUUGCCUUGGCAUAAUGUGAAACAAUAUGAUAAGAAUGAAGGUGGCAUUAAAGUGGAAGAUCUUCUAUUUAUUGUCGAUAACAUUUUGGAAGAAGUUGAACAUAAGAAAAAGAGUGAUGUGCCAUGCCCUGAAACUUUACAAGCCAUUGUUAAUCACUUUCAAAAGUUAUUUGAUGUAACAUCUGUGUCUGGAAUCUAUCCUCGAAUGAAUGAAGUUUAUACCAGACUUGGAGAAAUGAAUAAUGCUGUGAGAAAUAUCUAUGAGAUUCUAGAACUAGAUAAUUCAUCAUCACUAAGUGUUCUGGUGAAUACAGUUGGGAAAUUGUGUAAAAUAAUUAAUGAAGAUGUGGGCAAACAUGUUCAACAGGUGCUGGGGACCCAGGACAUCCAAAGCAUUAUUAAUAAAUUAGAAGAAUAUGAUGAAUUUUUCCCAGCCUUUCAGGCUUUUAUACAGGAUCUACUUCAGAUUUUAGAAGUCAACAACUUGGAUGCCAUUAUUCCUGAAGUAAAGAAAUUAAAGCUAAUUACAAACUGAAGAAAAUGAAACCACCUUUUUUUACUGUGUAAAUUUAAUCUGUAAUAUAUUUUAUAUUUACUUGUAUAAUUCACCUUUUUCCCAUCCUGAAUGAACAUCAGUGGCAUGGUUAAUCAUCUGCUUUACAAAGUUAGUCUCUGAUAUUUUUAUCCCCUAUUAUUUGUCACUCUUUCAGAAUUAUGCAGCAUCAUUUGGGGGCUUGAAUAAUUGUACUCUUGAGUUUUCUAAUUUUUCUUCAGCAGUUCUUGGCUUACAAGGUGUAAGGAAAGCUGUUUAUAUUUUGGGAACAGAGGGUAAUGAUGUGUUAAGUGUUGGUAUGGAGGUAUUUGCCUUUAAGAUUUCCUUUGAGAUCUGAAAUUUAGAACUCUCACAUCUUUGGCCCAAGGGAAGUAGCGUUGGACUUGUUGAUGACAUUACUUCCCUAAUAAGUUUGGGGAAUGAACAAUUCCAUAUCCCCCAAACUCAGGGGAGGAAAGAAAAGGGAAAGGGUUUCAAAAAGAAGCUAGGAGAAAGUAGAGGUGUAAUGCUGCCUAAUUUUCUUUCCUCUAAUCCAAUCAGUGGCAAGCUGCUCCUUGAAUUUAACUCUUUGUAUGCCAUGCCAGGGACAACAUUCUGUGUAGAUAAUCUGCUGUUGGCAGAAGCAGUUGCAGUUUCAAAUUGGAGGGUAAAGGUCAAGGGUGAUAGGUGAAAAACAUUUUAAAAAUUUCUUCCCAUGAUGGGAUAAGAGGUAAGUAAAUAGGAUGAUAACUACCUCAAGAAAGGGUAUGUUUGAGAGCUCAAUUGUAAUAUAUACAUGUAUAUAUGCAUAUAUAUAUUUUUAGAACAUGUGACCAAAAUAAAUAUUUUAUAUAACU